AUGGUGGAGUCACCACAGCAAGAGAUUGCUCGGCUAGUUUUUCUGGGUGGCCUAGGAGGCGCUCCUCAAUUAGGGAAUAUUUCCCGACUUACCCGGAAUGGCGCCCAUUAUCGCCCGGUUCCUCUCUACACCUGCCCUGUCCUUGGGCCGCUGUACCCAGGACGCUUGGAGCAGUAUGGGGAGGUUAAGUGCUUUCGUACAAGUCUCUUCUUGAGCCUUUUGGCUGCUGAACUUGGCACUCCCGGAGACUGCGAAGUCAUGCCAGCUGCUUGUGAGAACUACUUGCUGAAGCAUUUGGAUUGUUUUGAAGCUCAAGACAGCCCUCUGCUAAGACGGAGGAAUCUCGUUACAGACCACGCCGCAGCGACAGUGCCGCACGCGGCGUGCUCAGAAGCUGCCACCCAGUGGAGGACAAUGAGAACCGUGUCCCUUACCGCCAAGCCUUUUGAGAUGGAACAUCUCAAUGGGCCACAAAUGACGUCAGAGACCGCCAGCACUGCUAGCGGCGAUGGCGGCAAACUGGAGUCUCAGAUGUAUCAUCAGCUGCGCAAGUUGAUUAAUGUUGUGGACGAACUCCGCGACUGCGGUGUUCAGCAGUGGAUUCAGCUUCCCCGCAUCUGCGUUUUAGGGACUCAGUCAGCAGGGAAAAGUUCAGUUCUAGAGGCUAUUGUUGGCGUCGAUUUUCUCCCAAGAGGAGAUGGAGUUGUCACCAGGAGACCGCUGGAACUGCGGCUUGUUCAUUUACCCGAGUCUGAGCACGGACCUGAAGAGGCCUUCGCGGUGUUCGACAACUGCAAAGACAGGAAAUUCAAGAAUUUUGACGAAGUCCGCGCAGAGAUUGAACGGCUUACGGAUGAAGUCGCCGGCAAGAACAAGGGGAUUGUCGACUCGCCUAUCGUCUUGACUGUCUAUGCCACCCGCUGUCCUGACCUGUCUUUAAUUGACCUUCCCGGCAUCACCCGCGUGCCGCUGAAGGGUAGUGAUCAGUCAGACGACAUCGAGGCACUGACGCGGCAGAUGGCUCUCAGAUACGCAGCAGACCCUCGCACAAUAAUUUUGGCGGUCUUGCCGGCCAAUGCUGAUAUGUCGACAUCCGACGCGCUGCAGUUGGCUCGGCGCGUCGAUCCGCGGGGUGUACGUACAAUUGGCGUCAUCACAAAAGUUGAUCUGAUGGACAGUGGAACGGAUGCAUGCAAGAUGCUUUUGGGCGAGGAAAUUCCAUUGCGACUUGGCUACACAGGGGUCAAGAAUCGUUCUCAGGCAGACAUCAAGGCUGGGAAGAGUGUGCAGAGCUGUCUGGAAGACGAGCGACAGUACUUCAAGACUCACCCAGUCUAUGGACACAUGGGGGCCCAAUACUGGGGCAUCCCGUCGUUGGUGGAAAAGCUGACCCGUGUGCUGUUUCUGCACAUAAAGCACGUGCUACCUGAAAUAAGGAAGGAAAUACAGGUCAAGGCUCGAGGAGUGCAAACCCGAAUCCAGGAACUGGGAGAGGGCGUCCCAUCUGAGUCGAGAGACAGGGCUCAGCUGCUCUGGACAGCCAUCACGGACUACGUAGAGGUGAUUAAGAGCGCCAUAAGAGGGAAGUAUGACAAGCGCCUGCAAAAGUAUUUCGACCAGGACCAGUGUCUGACCAUUGGGUCUUGUAUACGUCACGAGUACACAAGUCUGCUGGAUGAGUACUGCGACCGGAACAUCUCGGAUGACAUAACGGACAGUCAGGUGGAAACAGCGAUUCGACUUCAUGAAGGGGAGUCUCUCCCAGGCUUUCCUUCUCCGGACACUUUUGAACACCUCAUCUUACCUUAUCUCAAAAAGCUCUCCCCUCCGGUUAUGGAUUGCCUUGACCGCGUAGCGCAGACGCUGGAGAGUCUAUCUCAGCGCGUGGCUGAGAGGGUCUUUUGUCGUUUCCCGGCCCUGGCAGAGCGCGUCUUAGAAAUAUCACAGGAGAUAUUAAUAAGGGAGAAGGAGGCAACGCGGGAAAUCCUGCAACACGAUGUCGACGCAGAAAUGGGCUACUUGUUUACCAAUGACGAACGAUAUCUUCAAGACCACGGCACAAUGAUUACGCAGCAGCAGCUGACUCUGGAGCAGCUGCAGCAGCAACAGCAGUUGCUGCAGCAGCACCAGCAGAUGGGUAUUGGGCCGGACGGGCGUCCUUUGCAGCAGCCGUCUCAUGCUGAGCGAGCACAGCAGAUGUUGCAGCAGGUUCAGAGUCAGAUGUCCACCUUAUGGACAUCGAAGGACAAGAAGAAGCCUGUUUACAGUGAGCAAUUCAUUCAAGAGAUCCGCCGUCGGCUGGACGCGUAUUUUGGUUUGGUGCUGCAUAACGUUCGAGACACAGUCCCCAAGAAAAUCGGAUUUUUCUUGGUCCGGCAGUUGCAGGACAAGCUGCAAUUCGAGUUGUACAAUAAACUUAAUGACGAGCAACUGUUUUCUUCUCUCCUUGGGGAGCGCGGGACGGCAAAGCAGCAGCAGCUGAGCAGCUCGCCACCGUCGUCGGGCCCGCAGCAGAGAGCCGCCCUCCAGCAGCCACAGCAGCAGCAAAUGAAGCAGCAGCAGCAACAAAUGAGGCAGCAACCGGGGGCAGGCCGCCUUUCAAACGGACCACCGCCUCCGCAUGGCAGGGCUGCACCCAACGCGCGCCACCUCUUUGAACGUCCGGUGAUGUUCCAGACUGCUUCAAACCCUCUAUUUAAUGACUAA